UGUCAGUAUGUUUGAUAUUAGAGAGUCGUCUGCGUUAUAUUCCUUAAAUGCAUCACGGAUUUUAAUCAGACGAUCACAGGUAAUGGCACAAACGGGGCACGAAAUCGGCAAAGUGUGUGGUACCACUGGAGGCGCUGAUGAAGAAACUGAUGAAGACAAUGAAGAGGGUGGAAACAUUGUGGUUGUAAGGUUAACAACCUCUUGUGAAGGUAAAAUUAAAGAUGAUGCGUCGGAGGGGGCAGCAGCGAAAGAAGGCGCAGAGGAAGCAGCAGCAGGCGAAUACGCAGAGGAGGCAGUAGCGGAUGAAAGUGCAGAUGAAGCGGCAGCGGAUGAAAACUCAGAGGAGGCAGCGGACGAAAACGCAGAGAAGGCAGCGGGCGAAGGCAUAGAGGAGGCAGCGGAUGAAGGUACAGAGGAGGCAGCAGCGGAAAAAGUCUUAGCUAGGAAUAGCAGAUGA